AUGCGAAUGAAAUACGAGACAAGUGGUGCAGAGCAGCACACUUUAAGUUUAUGGUUUUUCGGGGAAGGCAAGCAUUCCGAAACAUUGCCUUCGCAUAUUUAUGUUGAUAUGUCUCGAUUUCACUAUCUCAUCGAAAGAAUUCUUCGUCUGUCACCGAAACAUUUGUUAAGUCAUCAAAGCAGUGAUUGUUUACGACUUUCAUUUCUUAUAGGAUUAAUCAGCCGCCCAAUGAACUGCGCUAGCAUAAAUUCUACUCUCAUAACAAUCGACUUUAAAGAGCAACUAAAUCAGUGUUCUCUAAUUCAUUGGCUUAAAGUUGUCGUCUCUGGAUGCCACUCAUUACAAAUGUGA